ACAGCUCCAACUGUAGUCAGUGAGUCACCUAAACAACUACACGUACUGACUGCAUAUCGCUUCUGAUAAGGUCCCAUGAAUCGAUAACUGUCAGUAUGGCAGAGGGCUUUUUAAUGGAGGUGUGUGUGGACUCCGUGGAGUCUGCUGUCAAUGCUGAGCGAGGAGGUGCAGGUAGACUUGAACUGUGUUCUAGUCUUGUGGAGGGGGGGCUCACUCCCAGUCUUGGUCUGCUGCAGGUAGUGAAACAGUAUGUCAAAAUCCCAGUUUAUGUGAUGAUCCGACCUCGUGGGGGGGACUUCCUGUACUCAGACCAGGAAGUGGAGGUGAUGAGGAAGGACAUAGAGCUGAUGAAGAGCCAGGGGGCCGAUGGACUAGUGCUGGGAGUCCUGACAGAGGAUGGACGGGUGGAUGCCGAGCUCUGUAUGGAGCUGUUAGCUGCUGCUCGACCUUUGCCUGUCACCUUCCACCGAGCUUUUGACAUGGUUCAUGACCCAGCGGUUGCUCUGGAGACUCUGGUAUCAUUAGGGUUCCAGCGUGUGUUGACAAGUGGCUGUGACACCUCUGCUUUGGAGGGACUCCCUCUCAUUAAACGGCUCAUUGAUCAAGCUAAAGGAAGAAUUGCAAUCAUGCCAGGAGCGGGUAUCACAGAGAGGAACCUGCAGAGAAUCUUAGAGGGCUCUGGGGCUCAAGAGUUUCACUGCUCAGCCCGCUCCAGUAAGGAUUCUGCCAUGAAGUUCAGGAACACCUGUGUGACAAUGGGAGCUGCUUUCUCUGCACCUGAGUACGGCCUGAAGGUGGCAGAUGUGAGCAAAGUCCGCACUCUCAAUGCAAUAGCCAGAAAUACCUUGUGACAGUCAUGACACACAACAGAACAGAUACCUCAGAAACGAUCAUGAGUAAUUAUACUGAUAUGUCUAUUUGUUUUCACUGAAGCCUGGAAUAAGAAGGCAUUUCAGAACUACCACAGAGUUCUGUUUUUCUCUUUCUUUUUGUUUUACCACUGAUCAAACAGUCUUUGUAAAGUCAGAGCUCAGGGACAGCCCUGCAACCUUCUGGAAUAUGCAGUCCAUCAAAGUAUUUCACAGUGGAGACCAUGAAUAAUUUACUUUUAUUGCCACCUGUUUGUGGCCUCAGGUAGUGCAAGACUUCAUAGAUAUGGAAAAGCACUGAUCAUUGCUGUCGCUGUUUACAGAACAGCAUUUUUUCCAGUUGCCAUAUUGUUGACCCAUAUUUAUUUACAGCACUCCCUUUUUACCGUGGAAGAUAAUGCAAAGCUGUGACCUUCUGUACGAUCUUUUACAAGGACAGAAACAUUGUGAUUUGACUCAGUUUG